GGUAAUGGGUCGACAAGUCGGUAUAGAGCUCUUGCUUAGCGUAUCGUAGCAGGUAGAGCCUCCAUAUUUCCACCUCAACAUCGUCCAGACUCUCAUGGGCUGUCAAAGGCCUCGCGCGUAUCCACCGUAGUCAGGGGCCCCGCGUUUUUCUUCGUUGCAAUAGUGCAGCGCUAUGCCCAUAGGGCCCAAACAUGGGUAACGAAAAGUAUACUCGGUACUCACGCUGCACGAGGAUAAAAAGAAGGAGCUGUCCCGUGCAACAUUGAUAUCUUUGGCCAGGAUCAACAACUCCAACUAUCUCUUUCACACCUUGGGCCUUACGAUCGAACCUAUCUCGGUUCUCGUGCUUGGACGCCUCGAUCUGAGUUUGCCUCCCCCGCAAGACUAACAUCCCAUCCGAUCCUCUCAACCUUACCAUUUACGAUCAGUCAGCAAAAACACAUACGAACAUCGUCAAAAAUGUUCGGCAAGAGUGAAGAACCUACGGCCACUGAGGUCAACAACCAGCGUCGUCCUUCUGUCACUGAAGCGACUGGGGACCAUCGCAAUGUUUCCAACAAGGGCUUGACUGGAGCUUCGGCUUUGACUGUCAGGCAAUCUAUUUAUCCCAUCACACUCGUCACAAUUCUCUUCUUCCUGUGGGGAUUCGCAUACGGUCUUCUAGAUGUCCUGAACGCUAAGUUUCAGACCGCCCUUGACAUCACUGCCGCCAAGGCCGGCGGUCUUCAAGGAGCCUACUUCGGCGCCUACUUCAUCGGCCCGCUCACAUACUCCGGCUGGAUCGUACGAAAAUUUGGUUAUCGUUGGGCAUUCAUCGCCGGACUAUGCAUCUACGGCGUCGGUGCUUUGAUGUUCUGGCCAUCCGCUGUGUAUCGAUCAUUCGGCGGUUUCUGCGGUUCUCUCUUCAUCGUAGGCUCUGGUCUGUCGACACUUGAGACUAGUGCCAACCCCUUCAUCGCUACUUGUGGUCCGCCCAGACUCUCCGAGUUCCGUCUCGAGCUUUCUCAGUCAUUCCAGGCUGUCGGUUCCGUUGUUGCUCCCCUACUUGCUAGCCGUGUGUUCUUCUCCAACACCACUGAGGAUGAUCUUUCAAAGGUUCAAUGGACAUACCUAGGUAUCGCUGCCUUCGUCUUCUGUCUUGCCGUUGUCUUCUUCUUCUCGAAGCUCCCCGAGGUCACCGAUGCCGAUAUGGAACUUCAGGCUGAGCAGACAACCGCUCUUACCGGCUACCAGGACAAGCCUUUGAAGAAGCAGUACCGUCUCUUCUUCGGUGUUGCCGCCCAGUUCUGCUACGUUGGUGCUCAAGUCGGUGUCGCCGCCAACUUCAUCAGCUAUGCUGCCGAGUCUGCCGGGAUCGACCACGCCGCAGCCAGUGACCGGUACGCUAUUGGCCAGGGUCUCUUUGCUAUCGGUCGUUUCGCCGCAGCUGGUCUCAUGAUGUACUUUAAGCCCCGUAAGAUUCUUAUGGUCUUCAUGACUGCAAUCAUGGUCUUCAUCGCCUUGUCUAUGGGUAUCAAGGGAGAAGGCGGCGUGGCCAUGCUCAGUCUGGUCCUCUUCUUCGAAUCCUGUAUCUUCCCGACAAUUUUUACACUCUCCAUCCGUGGUCUUGGACGACACACCAAGAGGGGUUCAUCUUGGAUCAUUGCUGCCGUCUCGGGUGGUGCUCUCUUCCCAUCCUUGACUGGUCUCGUUGCUGAUAACAAGGGUUACCACAUUGCAAUGGUUGUCCCGCUUGCUGGGUUCUUCAUCGCAUUUGCAUUCCCUAUCUUCCUCAACGUCAACCCUUGGAAGCGUGAGCUCGACGGUUUCAGCGAGACUCGCAUUGGUUACGUUGACGAGCACGGCGUUAUUGGCGACCCCGCCAGAGAUGAUAGCUACACUGGAAAAAACCAGGUUGAGCAGGUCGCUUGAAUAGCGCGGUAGUACAAAACAUCAUGUGUAUAUAUAUCCAUAAAUAAUCUCCCAUUACAGGCAUAGGAAUUAGACAGGUCAGCCUAAUACUGCAGGGUCAGGCGCUUCUGUGUUGGAUAUCCAUUACGAGUAUGAAUUCAUGAACAGAGACAUUACAAUACA